CGGCAAGGUCGGCCCUAGCUCUUAGUGGCGUGAGCACCGUUGGCUGCCUCUUGCCUAUUGUCUUAUGGCCUCGCAACUUGUGAUUACUUAGCUCGGUUCUGGCAGAAUGACUAAGUCCCUCUCGGUAAUCAUUUUCUUGCAAGUCGUUAGCAGUGUUUUCCCGAAGGAUUUACCUGAGUAUAUCGAAGUAUGUAAGCGCGAUCAGAGCACGAUCAAUUCGUGCGUUCGGAAAUCCAUCGAGAGGCUGCGACCGAAACUAGCCGAGGGGAUACCGGAGUUUGAGGUGCCGCCCAUAGAACCCUUCUACAUUCCCGAGUUGAUCGUGGACAGCGGCAACCUCAUCCAGUUCCACGCGGUCGGCAAGGACGUGCAGGUGUCGGGCGCGGGGAACUUCUCCAUUAAAAAUGUCGACGUGGACCUGGAGUCGCUGCGCAUCAGCGCGCGCGUGCGGUUCCCGCGGCUGCACUUCGUGGGCCGGUACGUGCUGGACGCGCGUCUGCUCGUGCUGCCGCUGCACGGCGCUGGCACCAUCGUCGCUGACGCCAUAAAGUGCGACACGGAGAUAGUGCUGCACUCGCAGCUGGUGGAGCGCGAGGGCGUGGAGUACCUGCAGUUCUCGGCGCUGGACGUGCGCCUGGACGUGCGCGACUACCGCGUGCGCCUCGACGGCCUCUUCGACGGCAACAAGGCGCUAGGCGAUGCGGCGAACGAAGCCAUCAAUCAAAGUCGGGAGGAGAUCCUUCGUGCCACCAAGCCCUACGCCGAAAGAACUGUGUCCAAGCUCUUCCUUGACACUGCCAAUAAGAUUGCUAAUAUCUUCCCCUUCGACCAGCUGAUACCGCAGUCCCGUACUUCACCACAUGUGAAUAUGGCGAUCGACAUGUUGCCUGCUGUCGUACUUUUACUAGCGCUGCAUUUCGUAGCGGCUGAAAUUCCAUCUUACAUAAAGAUAUGUCAACGUAACGACCCCAACGUGGACAAAUGCAUCAUGAACUCAGUGGACGAGUUGCGCCCGAAAAUAUCGAAGGGCAUUCCCGAGCUGGACGUGCCGGGUAUCGAGCCGCUGAGCCUGGGGCAGAUCGCCCUGGCGCGCGGCCCGCAGGGCGCGAAGCUCACCGCCGUAGUCAACGACGUCAAGGUGCAAGGGCCCAGCAACUUCAUCAUACAAACACUCAAGUCUGAUUUAAACAAGAACCGGUUCGACUUCAAGUUGCUGCUGCCGCGGCUGGACUUCCACGGGAAGUACAAGAUGGACAUCCAAGUGCUGCUGCUGCGGCUGCAGGGCCGCGGCAACAUCACGGGCACCUUCAAAGACUACGCGUGCAACGUGACGAUGCGCGGGCACAAGGAGACGCGCGGCGCCGAAGAGUACCUCAAGUUCGACCCGUUCAAGGUGAAGCUGCGCGUCGGCGAGUCCUCCAUCUACCUCACGAACCUGUUCGACGGCGACCCCGUGCUGGGGCCCGCCACCAACCGCGUCAUCAACGACAACUCGCAGCUGUUCCUCGAGGAGAUCCGGCCCGUGCUCGAGCGCUCCCUGGCCGACCUCUUCACCGAGAUGGCCAACAAGAUCACUUCUAAAUUUACCUACAAGGAGCUGUUCCCAUAGCGGCGGUGGCCACUCUCUGACCGGAGGGCAUCUAGCUAAGUAGCAAUAUCAAAGAUGUGAUGUAUCUUUAAUUAUAUUUUAAAUAAGUACCUAUAGUGAUUCGGGAUCGAUAGAAAGUUAGUUUAAGUAAUAUAUAAUUAGAUUAAUAAAAUGUAUACAUGUCCUUUACAUUAAUCUACGGGACAGUUGCACCAACUAUUUUGACAGACUGAUCAAUAUCAACCAGCAGUGAAGUUUGAAACAUCCCAAUUUAGCGAACGUUUUAAAGGUGACAGACGCUUUGGUGCAACUGCAACCGACCCUAAGCUCGGUCUAAAUAGUCUAGCAUGCUAUAGAAUCUAUUACUUUGCACUGAUUACGAAGUUGACGUUGAUGCUUAAUAUUUACCUAAACUUACCUAUUUAUUGAGUUAGUUUUUUGGUGGUUUGUAUGUUAAUUGUUUAAGAAUACGGUAGAAGCAAUUCUAUUAUUUUUAUAUAAUUUCUGUAGGAACUUAUAAUUACAGUCGAAUUCAUAAAUAUGUAUACUUUUUUCAGUUUAUUGCAAUUGAUUAAGGAGAAGUGUAUUCAUGUUUAUGAACCCGACACUACCAUCAAUUGUUUGUAAAAACUCAAAACUAUUUUACUAAAAUAAAUGCAGGAAUUUCUUAAAAUUGGAAAUCAUUACCAUUCCGUAAACGGAUGGUCCAAUUAUAUAUACAAAGUUAAGUCAGAGUGUUCCCUCUCCAUAAAGUCCUUUUUGUCUAAAACAUUUAAUUGUUGUCUAAGUAAAUAGGAAACCUAAUCCUGACAUUGACACUUUGCGACAGUAAGUUUACUGUUAACAGCAGGUGUCUGUGCUGCCUUCUACAAUUAUCACACACU